GUCGCUGUGGUAGCUUUCCUGUUAUCUUAGCCAGUUAGAAUUCAUUUCCGGUUCUCUAAACCAAUCGUGCCAGCGAUCGUUUUGAGCGGACAUUUGGAAACUUUCACUUGUAUUUCACAAGGCACGUACUCUCUCCUUGAACCACGGCGAACCUCAGACCACGAUGAAUGAGCAAAAGUUGAGCACAGCCACCCUGGCUACUGUUACAACAUAUCGUCAGCUUGCAACCGAUCCUGUCAAGAGGGCUGCCCUAAUCAAGGACUCGGCGUGUGUGGCUUUCCUUAUCUACGUCUUGGAUGACAAGUGCAUUGAGGUUGUGAAGAACUCUUUACAGACGCUAUGGGCUCUAUGUGAGAGUGCACAUUACAGGCCAAUGUUGAAAAAUACAUAUGGAUUCAUACCAGCACUGGAAACAGUUGCUACCAACACCGGAUUUGAUCAUUACUGCCAGAAAUUAGCCAGAGAGUUGCUCAGUCUCCUGAAGAAAGAGCUUCACUGCAGACCCAAGGAUGCUGCAAACAUGAAUCCAGCAUCAGGGAGAGCGGGGCACAAGUCAAAGAGACAAAGUCACCAAUUCCUGCUGGGCUCUGCCAGGUCGAAGACUGUAGUACUGCAGUUGAAAGGAAUGGUCAGCCAGGACCACCGUAGGGUGUGUGAAGCCCAGCUGCUGAGAGUACGCGGUGUCAUCAGCAUCACGUUCGACCAUACGAAGCUGCGCUGCAUCGCGAGAGUCAGAGCCGACAUCAAACCAGAGGCGCUGGUGCAGGCUGUGGCCAAAACCAAGGUGAUGAGUGCAGAGCAGGUGAUCAAGAACGAACAAGGAGAGGAGAUACUGAUAUGUUUCGAUAAGAGGUCUGACCAGAACAAGGAGAAUACCCAACUGCCCCCCUACCUCCCAGAGGAAGACUCCCCCGUGAGAGCGAAAGCCGUAGCAAGGGCAGGGGACGAUGGUCAGGGAGGAAGCUGGAUGAGCGUGGCAGCAAACUUCAUUUCAAAGUCAUUCUAUUGGUGAAGACUUCGCCAGUGAUAUCCUGUAAAUAUGGACGUGUGGUCAAUGCACGAGUGAGCUCAACAACGAGCAGUAAUUGCAGUUUUGACCAUAGGUCGGUUUUUCGUAAAACAUCUCUACUUGGAUUUUCUUCUGAUAAUCGCUUGUUGGCUCAUUCCUUACUAUAUAAUAUAUUAUUAAUGUGAUUCUAUGUGUUUUAUUUACGGGACCAUCGCGUUUUGAGUUUCACUUACCUCGUUUUACCGUCGGAAAACAUUCGUUUGUGUUUGUAUCAGUUCAAAGCCUUACUCUUCACAACAGCUAGUUUUUAAGAGUAUCAUAAAAUUGACAGACAUGAAUGUUCUUUAAAUAUAAUUAAUUACACUAGCAACUGUUGGAACUCGCAUCUAGAUAAAUGCAAAUUACGUACGACAGUGUACGGGUGCAUGGUACUAAUAAACCUCGCUUAAACUGCAUCAUAGAUAUAUACAAACACAUGUGUUUGUAUAUAUCUAUGACUACAUAUAAGAAGUUUUAGCUUUGCUUGAAUAGCAAGUGUACAUAGUAUUAGCUCACUGUUAACCAUCAUUUGCAUUACUUUACGUACAACCCAUCUGUGUCACAUUUAGGUGUAGCACAAGUCGACGGUAAUGUUGUUGACAAUGCGUGAUGCUGAGGCAUCUAUAAGUUACAGUUGUCUCGGUUUUCCCUGGCAGUGAGAAAGAAACCUUUCAUGAUCAUACACAUCAUGAUGCUUCAUGGAGCUCUCGCCGACAGAAAAUGAACACAUAUCUAAUAUGCCUAACAUUUCUCGUGGGUCUUGUGUGAUAAUUUUGAACACCGACUAGAAAUACGGGGGAAUUCGUAUUUUUAGAAAGUGCAUGCGAUUGAUAUGUGAAAUAACACGGUUGGUCACACAAUAAUUUGAUAUCGUUAAUGCUUACAUGUGUCCACAAUCUAUUUUAAACAUUCGUUUGUAAGUGUGUCUAGUUUAGGAAGGUGGCGGUGGCUAUAGGGACAGGAUUAUUAAGCACUGUAUACCAUUUCUUUAAUUUGUAAAUAAAUUUGUUGGCAAGAAAUUUUUCAAUGUA